AUGAGGUUGGUGAUUGAAGCUAGUACCAUUUUCAGUGUUAUCGCGCUGGUCAAGGCGGAGAACUGGGAGCUUCCUCCCCUCUUCCGCUGGAUCGCCGCGAGGUGCAACAUCCCUUGCGACGAACUCGCUGCGACCUUCAACUGUGGCAUCGGCAUGGUCCUGAUCACUGCGCAAGAGCACAAAGACGAGGUCAUGACACGCCUGAAAGAUAUGGACGAGGAGGCACACAUCAUCGGGGAGCUCCUGCCCAGAAAGGAUGGUCAGGGACAGAUGCACAUCGACGGGGCCGAGAGCUGUUGGCUGAUGCUGCCGGAGCUGGGCGUGUCCCUGCCCUUCCCUCAGGUCUUGAGCUCGCUGCAGGACCCUCACAUGGUGUCCCGGUCGCAAGUUCUCAUCAUGGGCGGCUCCGCGAGGGCAACGCCCCUGAAGGCCUUGUUGGAGGCAAUGGAGAUCUGGACCUACCCAGCCGAGGUGCCAGAGCCGUGGGUCGGGUAG